GCGCACGCAGCCUCAAGAACGCGGCAGCGGCCGGGACGCUGUGCACACGUCCUCGGCGCCCCAGCGAGCAAGCGCCCGCGGAACGCACGCUCGUACGCGGUUUUUUCUGUGCGGAACGAGGGCUGGCGGUGCUCGUCCGUGGGGGGAUGGUCGUCGGCUGGUCCGCACUUGGGUUCCUGGGUUUCCUGGACGGUGGGGGGGUGUGUUCAUCUGUGAUAACGGGGUUCUGGCGCUGGCAGCGGGCGCGGAGAUCGGGCGGCGGGGUUGGUCUGGGGUUGUGCGCUGGCGGGUUGCGGGGGCGCGAGUGGUUCUUGUGUGGGUCUGGUGCUUGGUGUGAUGGGGUGGAUGGGGCAAGAGUUGUAUCUGGUACGAAAAGGAGCCGCUUGGAUGUUGCGGCUGCAGUAUAGAGCAGUAUCUCGGACGGAGCAAGAACUGUAGCUGGUCUGAAUGGCGCUAUUCAGAGGUCUGGGCUGUGGUACAGUUCUAAUACUGUCAACAAAGCAAGAGUUGUAGCUGGUACUAAAAGGAGUUAUUUAGAGGCCUAGGCUGCAGGGCAGUGCAACAUCCUAGACAAAGCAAGAGUUGUAACGUUAAUCUAAGCGAGCCGGAACGCACAGCGUAACGGGAUACCUUUUCUUCUGGGGGCUCGGAUUGUGCUCAAUACAUUUGUAGUUGAACGUUCGCGGUGCGCAUCUAUACUCAAACCUGUGCUCUCCCACCAAAAAGCGUGUCAUGGGCCAUGCUGCCGCUCGUUUUGUCACUGCUAUCCAACGACUCUUCUCUGGUA